UCUUUAUCUGGUGGACGGUUGAUUGCCGACGUGUUUUUUUCCUGGUGGGAAGGCAACCAGUCAGCCAGACUAGAGAUUCGUUGAGAUUAGCUGGACUGUUUGCUAAAGUGAAAGUGCUAUCCGGAAUUCGUUGGUCAUCAUUGUGCUCUAGAAUUUGACUCCAACGACUUCGAAAUGCUUUUUCAUUACAAGUAUGUGCUGACCAAGCAUUGAGUGGCCGACGUCUGUGUGUAGUCGUUGCAAAAGACGCAACGUAGGGAAAAAUGGAAUUUGCUGAGAUGAUAAAAACACCCAAGUUGGACGGAGUUCUACUAUAUGAGCAGCUCAAGCGGGAACAAAUCGACGGAACGCUUUGCAUUACCAGCCAUCAUUUGAUACUGAGCACACGGAAAGAAGGAGCUCGAGAAUUCUGGCUGCUGCAUCAGAACGUGGACGUUGUUGAGCGGAAACCGUGCAUCAUUAACAAUGUUGUCGAGGGCGGUACGAUUAUUCUUAAAUGUAAAGAUCUUCGGAUCAUUCAGUUGAAGAUUAGUUCGCCUCAGGAAUUCUUGAACAUUUCCAACUCGAUUAAAUUGCUUUCGAGCCUGGAGGAAACGGAAAAACUUUGCCCCUUCUUCUACAUUCCAAUGUACAAUGUGAUACAGGAUGGUCACACGGAGUACACGAUGGAAACGGAGUUUGCCAAACUGCUGGCCACCGAUGAGUGGCGGUUAACGUCAGUUAAUCACGACUUUAAGCUUUGUCCGUCGUACGGUCCCCGACUGGUGGUGCGAAAAUCGAUAACAGACGAGCAAAUUAUUCAAUCGGCGGCCUUUCGUGAUGGUGGACGCUUCCCGGUGCUAGCUUAUAAACAUAACAAUGGUGCCGUACUGUUCCGCUGUGCUCAACCAUUAGCCGGUCCCGGAGUGAAACGGUGUCGGGCGGAUGAGGCUAUUCUGAAUGCGAUCAUGGAACCGGGCGGUAAGAAGGGUUGCAUCUUCGACACUUGGGGAAAGAGUAAAGACACGAACACCGAGUUCGAACCGCACUAUCCACAGUGGAGGGUGUUUAGCAGACCGAUUGGACAGCUGGCGUCCAUCUCGGCGUUAUUAGAUAGUUUUGUCAAAUUAGUGGAGGCCUGCAACGAUGUGGGCUCCAGUACGGAUCGGUGGCUUGCUCGGCUGGAAAGUUCCGGCUGGUUAAGCCACGUGCUCAAUGCGAUAAACGUUUCCUGUGUGGUGGCGCAGUGCCUGGCCCUGGAAGCAGUGCCCGUCGUGGUGCACGGUGGCAAGGGUCUGGAUACGCCGCUGAUCGUUACGUCGGUUGCGCAAAUUAUUCUAAAUCCUGACUGUCGGACAAUAAAGGGCUUGCAGGCGCUGAUCGAACGAGAAUGGCUACAGGCCGGCUAUCCUUUCUCAACGCGACACAAACACUCGUGCUAUACUCCGUCAGCGCAGCGACACAAAACCUCCAGUGCAACGUUUGUGCUCUUUCUGGAUUGUGUGUUUCAGCUGUACAAUCAGUUUCCGUGCAGCUUCGAGUUCGAUUCGCGCUAUCUUAUAAUGUUGUUCGAACAUAGCUACUGCAGCCAGUACGGUACGUUUCUGGGUGAUUCGGAGCGGGAACGGUUCGAGCUGAAGGUACGCGAACGAACGACCAGUCUGUGGAGUCAUAUCAACCGGCCGGAAGUGAUCGACACCCUGCUCAAUCCGAUGUACGUUCCGAAUGCGGCCGUAAUCUGGCCUUCGGUGGCCCCGCUCAGUAUUAUCUUGUGGUCGGAAAUGUACACCCGAUGGGUAAUCGACCAAAGCCAACGGCAGGCAACCCGCGACCGGAUGCUUGCCAUCAUCAGGGAUGAGAAGGAGUUGGAGAAAAGGGCGAAAAAGUUGCGCCGUGAGCUGUCGGAACUGCAGCGGGAGUACCAGAGGCUGAAGCUGCAGGAAGAUUCGCUGCAGGGCAGCGAGUCGCUGGAGGAGGACGACGUCGUUGACAGUACACCUCACUGAUCGAAUGACCGUUUUUUUGCGGGGUGACCAAUCGACAACGACAUCAUACGCAAGGACGAACUGUUCAGGAAA